AAUAUGUGAGGCGGCAAAUGGCAAAAGAGUAAUAAUAUGAUUCCUCUAUUAACUUUCACAAAGUUUCCAUGCAGUAGGAACAGUUGUACCAGGCUCUCCCCCAAUCCUGAUAGCCACCGUUGUACUUGAGUGCUGUAGUAUGAUAUGAGCACAGUACGAGCACAGUGCGGUGGGGCGGGUUAGGGCUUCUCGGGUCUCGGUUCUUGUGGAAUUCCAGGAGCCGCAACCAUGGCCGCGGUCCUACGUAAUGCGCUACGGUUCACAAUUCCUCUAAAGGGUGGCGCAUCUCCAGAUCUUCGAACUUUCCUCCCCGUUUCUCUUCACACUGACCAAUUGACCUCUACCCCCCCUUCAGCUAGUCGCUACACAAUACUGGUGCCUCGACAGAAGCAGAAGCUCUUGUCAGUAAAUUAAUAUAAAAGGGGAGGAAAAGCACACGAUGGAUAUCUCAACUCUCUUCUCAGUAAAGGAUAAGGUCGUUCUCGUCACCGGGGGGGCAAAAGGAGUUGGCCGAAUGAUCUCCGAGGGCUUUGUAGCGAACGGCGCAAAAGUCUACAUCUCCAGUCGUGAUGCAAAGGCCUGUGAAUCUGCCGCAGCGGAAUUAACCGCAAUGGGUUUACCCCCCCCCCCCUCCCCUCACCUUUUCUCCCAUAACCUGGACUAACAUACCCCAGGGCCAGGAACAGCCCACACCAUCCCAGCAGACUUCUAUAAACUCACUGACUGUCAAAACCUUGUCGCGGAGCUCAAAAAGCGCGAAACUGGACUCCACGUGCUGGUGAACAACUCAGGUUCCAUCUGGAGCGAGCCGUAUGACAGAUAUUCGGACGCGGCGUGGGCCAAGGUGCUGACGUUGAAUUUGCACCGGGUGUUUACGAUCACACAGCUAUGCACGCCGUUGUUAGAGGCUGCGGCGGUAGGAGGAGGUGCUGAGAGGGGGACUAUCGGGGACCCCGCAAGGGUCAUAAAUAUUGGGAGUGUCGAUGGCAUUAGGGCGUCGGCUUCCGAGACUUUGUGAGUGUUGAUUGUUAGGGGAGGGGAGGGAAUAGUUUCAAACCUAAUUCGGGGGGCGGGUGGAUAGUGCAUAUUCGGCGAGUAAAGCCGGUCUACACCAUCUCUCGGAGGUACUAGCGAACCAUCUUGGAAAGAGGAAUAUUACGUUUGCUGCCCUACCAUGAUGCCCUGCGCUGCAUCUCUGUUUAUCAAUUCGCCCCUGUGGAAAGUAAUUGACAUUAAGCUCUGUAGAUCAAAUUCGAUCGCCUGCGGACUUUUCAGGAGCAGCAGUAACCACCCUUUCCCCCUUUUUAGGAAUCACCGCACUAAUGGAAGAAAAGUGACGGCUGCAACCCUUGAGAAGCUCAAGCCGGUGAUCGAAAGCGCCAUUCCUCUGCAUCGAAUUGGGGCCCCACAGGACGUUGCGGGCACGUGUUUGUUUUUGGCUAGUAGGGCGGGUGCCUACGUUAAUGGUGCUACUAUAACUGUGGAUGGGGGGCUCGUUAUUGGGGGCAAGUUGUGAUUUGGAAUUUUGGUUUUGUGGGGUUUGGUUGCAGUGUAAUUUGUACCCGGAGGGAUGGGAUUUGGAUAUGUCGCAGUUGCAAGUUUUAGCGUGCUGGUUUAUGUGCGGACCGCUGGGGAAGGGACAGGGGGAUGGAAGGCGUGAAGAGACAUUGGAUUUACCCUGGUAUCAUGCAUCCUCACCUUAUGCAAUGCGAUGUGAAGACAAUCCAGGGCGCUGCAACAUAACCGGAAAGGGAGUUGUGUACUGUUCUUGGCACCCUAGGGUUCACAUGUCGCCAACACUCCGGCACUGUUUUGAGUGAUAAAAUUCUAAGACAACGAUCUGGUAGAAAGCUCAAUCUUCACUUUUAUCAUACCGUGCUAGCAGUAAAUACUCA